GAUUAGUUGAUAUAAUAGCUAUAUAUUUCAUAUACCUGUUACAUAUGUAGUAUAAAAUUUAUAACCAAAGUAUUGAGGCUAAUAUUUUUAACCGAAAAACUAUUUUAAAUCAUCAGAUUUUGGUUGUAUUUUUUAUAUUGUUUAACAAGUUUGUUCUCGGUUAAAGUUUGUCCAGAGAUUAGUCAUUUUUUCUGACAGGAAGAAACCUUACCCAUAGAUGAACACCUGAUAAUACUCGGAGCCUUGUAAAACACAAUGGAUUUCAUAUUUACAAUUUAUGGCGACUUAGAUAAAGUUCCUUGGUGUUAGUGUAAAGAUACGGAAUGAAUAAACCCAUUUAAAUACCCUGGUGAGGAAAAAAAACAUAGGUGGAUUUGAAACAAUGGCGUGUUUAUUUUCGCACCGACUAGUAUUGUGGGAAACGCACCCUGUCCGUUAUGAGGACAAGUGAAUCUGAUGGCGAGGAUUCAGGUCCAAUAGAGCCAACGUUUUAUCAUUAUAUUGUGGACCAAGUUUAUUUUCUCUGAAGAAAGUGCCUAUUGAGGAUAAUGUAAAAAUUCCAUGUUGAUAAAAAUCUAGAUUUUAUAGGUAGGUUAACAGGAAAACUACCUGAGAAAAAUCGUGGAACUUUUAUCUGAAGUAUAAUUAAACAUUAUAUCAGAGGGAUUAAUCAGAGAGAAGUUGAAUUUCUGAUGAUUAUCACUAUAUAAAUGAGGAGUUUGAUAAAGUUGCAAUUCUAAAAAGAAUUCAUUCCUAACUUGACCAGACUUGGGAGUUGUGUGCUUGUAAUGAUGAAAAACCUGCAAUGUGCUUACCCAGUGUGUAAUGGAAUAGUUUUCAAUCCUUGAUAGAGGAAAUACAAGUGGAGCUAUUUGGAGCAUCAUUACACCUAUAUACAUCACUAGGACGGAACGAUUCACUACUAACACAGGGAAGGAGCAUCAGCAGUACUGUACUCCUACAAAAAGGAAAUUAAUUACCCCCUUAAUGACAAGGUUAAGAGAAUGGAAAGAUAGCUGUUCAGGACUAUCAUCAUGAUGGCGGCUUCCUUACACGUCCUUGUGUGUCUCAUCCUCUGGAUUGUCUCCCCUUGUCAUGGCCAAGAUGAACUACCAGCCAUUGAAUUCAUUACACUGGAGGAACAACCGGUCGGUACAUUAAUUGGUAAAAUGUCUGAUGCAGAAGUUCUGAAAACUGAUGUAGUACCCGCAGAAUUCAACUCGUUGACCUUUCGACUGCUGGACAGUGGCACUUCCUCCCAAAGCAUAUCCGUUGUAGAACAGUCUGGAAAUGUUUACCUGGAAAAAGUCUUAGACAGGGAAGCACUCUGUGGAUAUUUGCUCAACUGCCAGUUCACUUUUGAUGUGGCUGUAAGGACAGCUUCUAACUCUUACAUCACCAUCCUUACUGCACAAGUAACAAUACAGGACAAAAAUGACCAUGUUCCUUUGUUCCCCGCCAGCUUCCUCAAUCUUCAGGUAUCGGAGAAUGAUCAAGACACAAAGUACACCAUUGCUCCCGCUGAGGAUAAAGACAUUGGAAAUUUUUCAAUUCAGAGUUAUGAAAUUGUACAACAGUCUGAUAUUUUUGGCCUUGAAAUAACAAAGAACCAGGAUCAGAGUCUCAGUUUACAAGUGAUACUGAAAAAAGAGUUGGAUCGUGAAGAGCAAAAUCGUUAUCAGUUUCAUGUAGUGGCAAAGGAUGGAGGGGACCCACCUAACUCGGGAACACUGAGCAUUUCUGUUGAGGUCCUAGAUGAGAAUGACAAUAAUCCAAAUUUUUUAGAAUCGGAGUACAGCAUGUCUGUCAAAGAAAAGACUGCAGCAGGUACGAUAGUGUUACAGGUAUUGGCUACAGAUAAAGACAUGGGUGUAAAUGGACAGAUCACUUAUCGUUUCAGUCCUCAUCAGCAAGGCCUUGAACAGAUUCAACAGGUGUUUACUAUCAGCCAGCAAACGGGUGAAAUAAGCCUGUCUAAAACUCUCUCAGCCAACCCUGGUACAGUGUUCCAGUUUUACGUAGAUGCAAGUGACCAGGGGGACCAAGCUAAAGUCACCCAACAACUGGUGACUGUCACAGUGGUCGACGGGGGCAACAACCCACCAGAACUCCUCCUUAGCUACAUCAUCACCAGCGACAACGGGGUCAUGAACAUCUCUGAAUCUGCCAAGAACGCUACACCCCUUGUUCAUGUCCGGGUUGAUGAUUCUGAUUCAGGAUUAAACGGGAAUGUGUCCUGUACCAUCAAUGAUACAAACUUCACUCUACAACCUGUGGCCGGGAAAGGCUUUAUCGUCAUGACGAAUAAUCGACUUGACCGAGAGAUUGUUCAGCGUUACUAUGUUACUGUUCUUUGUGAAGACAAGGGGUCUCCUCCUCUUAGCUCUGUGGUAAACUUUACAGUUAACGUCACAGAUGAAAAUGACAGAAUCCCAAGGUUUUCAAAAGGUGUCUACCCUGCAACUCUCACGGAAAACUCUAAUCCAGGAGGUGUGGUUACACAAGUCUCUGCCUCUGACGAUGACAUCGGUCGAAAUGCUCAAGUCAACUAUUACCUUCAUGACGACAGUGUUUCUAAAUUUGCCAUCAAUUCUCACACUGGGGUCAUAACAGCAAAUAUGAAAUUUGACCGCGAGGUCAAUCCAAGAAUAACGUUUCGAGUGCUGGCAGUUGAUGGUGGCAACCCUCAGCAGACAGGAACAGCGACUGUUGUCCUAACCAUCACAGAUAUCAAUGACAAUGCUCCGUCAUUCAAUUCCAGUGGGGUCGAAAUGAUGAUUCAGGAAAACCGUGAGCCUCUCACAAAGGUUGGAGAAUUGAAGGCUGUUGACUCUGAUGAAGGUAACAAUGGCAGAGUUGUCUACUCCUUGUUAGGUAAUGUGUCCAGAAAUCUUCCAUUCAUUGUGUAUCAGGAUGGAGUUGUUCGUGCCAAGGAAAGCUUGGACAGAGAAGUCCAAUCUGUGUAUACCUUUCAUGUUCGUGCUCGAGAUCAAGGCGACACUCCUCUAGAAACAAACAUUUCUGUGACUGUGCACAUUACUGACGAUAAUGACAAUAGUCCUGUCUUUGUUUUCCCCAAUGAUAGUAAUGAUACUGUUUCCAUUGGAUACCUGGCAGAGACGCCAUCUUGGAUCACAAAAAUUAGUGCAGCUGACAGAGACACGGAUCAGAUCAAGGCUAUUGUGUAUAGUAUUCGCCAUGGAAACGACCUUCAACUGUUUUCGAUUGACCCCUACACUGGGGACCUUUACCUUCUGAACACUCACAUGGUGUCCGAGGAUACAAGUUUCCGUCUAAUGCUUUCUGCCGAGGACAAUGGGAGCCCGCGACGGGUGACCACUCAUUCACUACACGUGAUUCUUGUGUACACAAAUGCAACAUCUCUUGCUCACAUGGCAGAAAACACAGGCAACAAAUACAUUAUUAUUUCGGCUGUGGUUGUUGUACUUACUGUUAUCUUAUCAGCCGUUAUUAUAGCUCUCAUUCUGUUUUUACGACGUAAAGAUCAACGGCAAGAACUGGCACGGAAACUAAGCAAUGAUAUCAAAAAUGAGAAUUCCAGGUAUCUUGAGAACGGGAAGGUGUGCUACGGGGAAAAACAAGACUUUUCGGGAUGCAAUGGGGAUUUAUAUAAACAGAAAAAGAAGAAAGAAGUUAGUUUCUCUUUAGAUGAGGAUUUGGACAAUGUGUUUGAUAUUUCAAGUGUGUCAGCAUACAACGUCGGCAAACAUGAGCAUGCAGAGAAGAUGAAGACAUUCCAGCCUUCAGUGACCUACGACCCCCAGACCAUUCAGACCCUACAUCUUCAUCAGCUUCUAAUACAGAACCAGGACACCAGCAAGGACAAAAAUCUUAAAAAGUUAAAUGUCAAGUCGCCACAUGAUGAUAUAAGUGACACGUCGGGGGAGACGACUACAAGUGACAGUGGCCGUGGUGGCAGUGAUAUGGACGUGCCCAGCUGUACCAAUAUGCCAGAUGAUGCUAAAGCUUACAACUUUAACAGUCACCAUGGUUACCAGUCGUCGUCAGGCUCCACAUCCUAUCUGACAUGUGGCUCCCCCACAGAUAAAGAGGAGGGAGAUCUGGUGAAGCCGCGACCAGUCUCCGACAUAUACUCCUUAUCCUCAAAACAAAAAGACUUCAAACAUUUAACGCCUCGAGAAAACUUUGAGAGGAAACACAAUUUACAAAGUAGUGCUCAAAAAACCGGUGUCAGAGGUAGUGACACAACAAGACAGAAGCCGAGUGAUUGGUCACCUUCAUAUGUGUGAGACCAAUGAGAAACUUUGUUACAUUGAAAGUCUCAUUAUCUCAUCCAAUGGCAGCAGAGGACACAUAGUGUAUAUUUCUACAAAACUGACAAAUCAAAAGACACUGGUGAUUUUAUACACAUUUUAGAUUGAACAUUUUAAUGGAGUUUGACCUUCACGUUUUACACAUAGCGUCAUGCAAAUGUUGCCAUAGUUUCCGUUGUGUAAGUUUGUGUAUCAGCAAUGCCGUCCAUUUGUGGGAUAUACAAUGUAUAUGUUACCAUGAAGAAGCUCAAAACCAAUUCCAUGUUUGUGAGUUGGCCUUGAGAUUAUUUUUGUAUUUUAUGAAGGACAGAGAUAGCCUAGUGGGACCAUGCUAAAGACUGUUGGCCUGUACAUUGAUUACUUUAGCUGUUUUAUGGUACUUUGACAUGCAAUCUACCUACAUAUCUGUUACUAUAACAUGUGUGUGAGCAUGUGACAGCCCCCAAUUGUUGGUCCUCAGUCGUACCCUACCUGUCAAUACAGGUGUGGCAUCUAGCGCUCGUUAACCUCCCACCCCUCACAUACCCAGUAGACCCUACUGUCCAUUGUUUUGGGUUGGACUUUGUCACAGUUUUGAGGGGUUAGAAAUAAGGGACAGUAUAACAACCAUUCAAAAGAAGAAAUUUGAGAAAAAAUCUUUUGAAACUUAACACGAAAUCAGCUCAACCUGAAGUAUAUAUUUCACUAUUGUAAUUUUAAGGGUAAUUAUAAAACGAGUUAAGAUAUUUUCAUCCAUAAAUUUUAAAAUGGAUUUCCCCUGAAACACAGGCCUACUGUUUUUGUUUGACUGAUGGAAUAAUCUUUAUGAGAUGAUCAGAUUUUAUCAAAUUGGAAAAUGACAUGGACAAAUUUAUAAAUACUAUAUACAUAUAUAUAUAUAUAUGGUUGCAGAGGAAGAAAAUAACAUAGAAAUAUGGAUUUGAUGGUCUGUCAAUGGUUAACUGGACAUUCUGAAUUCUUGUGAUACCAUGUGUUUGUCUAGUCUCCCACAAUGCUUUGCUAUUUGAUUGAUCACAUGUGUACACCAUAGAGGUUCAUUUAGUUUUCAAAUAGUAUUUUAUGUUUCUCAC